AUGCCAACUGUCCAAGAUUGGUUCAAAGCGGCAGAAAGCGGGGACUCACAAUUCAUCCGAGCCAAUUGUGCCGUUUUCCGUACUGCUACAACCACGGACGGAAUGACGGCUUUGAUGAUCAGCGCAUGUUGCGGACAUAUCGCAGUGGUGCAGGAGCUUUGCGCUCACGAACAGGGGUGUACGACAGGUUCUGGUAAGGCAGCAAUACAUUUUGGAUUGGACUCGGACAAUUGGGAUAUCGUUUCUUUGAUGCUUCCCUAUGAGGCUUCUGUUAGGAACGCGGCAGGAGAUACUCUUUUACAUUGGGCAGUUCGGGUUCGUGCAAAGUCAUGUAUACCAAAACUUCUUGUGCAAUUUGGCCUGCUGAAAAAUAAUGAUGGAUUGACUGCUGCACAGCUUGCUCAGAACUUGGGAUAUACAGAUCUACUUCCCUUGUUAGGGACAGUUGUGCCUGCUCCUGUAGCUACCACACCAUUUCCUGCGAUUUCAGCUGCUUCUGUGGCUCCCGGGCUACAACAGAUUGUACCUCCAUGUUUGCAGACCACUAUUCCGCAACCAGUGGUACAACCAGUGGCACAGCCAGUAGCGCCCUUUUCUGCUGCCACAGCACCUACGCCUGCCCCGGUAUUUUCAGUUUCAUCGCCAUCCUUCUCCUCAGGACCCACUAUCACCAGCCAAAUAGGCCAUGCAUCUUUGUGUGAUAACUGUGCCAAGCUCACUCGACAAAAUAAUGAGCUUUCAGCAGAACUGAACCGCGUCAAGGAGCAAAAUGCAUCUCUGCUCUCACAGUAUCAAACUGCCAUGGAGGCGGUGGCAUCAACGCAGAACGCUAACUCCAACUUCAUGGCACAGAUAACAGAGAGUCAGUCAACGAUUGCUAGGCUUGAGGCCGAGCUUGAGAAGCAGAAGGCAUUAGUGAGAAGCUCCUCCAGCGAAUCUACGGCACUCAUGCUACAGGUAUCAACAUCGAGUACUCAUGUCAACUCUCUCCAAAGCGAAUUGCACUUGAAAGAUGAGGAGAUCAAAAUGCUGAGGGCAAAGGUAGCUGAACUAGAAGAAAACACAACAGAGAUAAUUCGCAUGACGGAAAACGCAAUCAACGCCCGCGCAACUGUUGUUGCAAACCAGUUGGCGUCUCAGCAGGAGGAGCGCACGUUCCUGCAGGGGCGAGUUUCUCGGUUGGAAACAGAGAACGUUGAACUUGUGGCCAAGCUGGCAGCAUCUCAGUCUGCAGUUGAUUCUUUGGUACAAAGUCAGACAGCAGCACAGGAGCAAAACACUAAUUUGCUAAAGACCAUCACUGACCUUAAUACUCGGAUGGCUCAAUUUUCGAGUGAUAAUGCAACUUCAUCCAAGAGGAUUGCUGAAUUGGAAGAGCAAAUGGGAUCUAAGAAUACAGAGAUACUAGAGUUAAGAAAGCAAUUGACAAUGGUUCAGAGUGGAAUUCUUGAUAGUACUGAAGAUUAUCCUCAGACAUCUGGCACAGCAGGGAAUGUGCGGGCCUCUACACAUGACAAUCUGGAAAAGAUGCACCUAAGUGGCUAUCAUGGGAGUCCAGGAACGCAGCGUUUCGAUGGCCUUGGUACUGCGCCGUCUAUUACACAGUCUAAUAGUACAAUAGAUGGUAGUAAGCUGAGCACUUCUCAAUUGCUAUCAUCUACCAACAUGCCAGUUGCUCCUUCCCAAGUCGGGUAUGCGGCGUUUGCAGCGGAUACAUCUGCACCGAGCAGAUUGCUUGAAAGUCUUCGUGAAGAUGCACAAGCAGUUGUCGUAGAUAACACACUCACAAAGUCUACCGCAUUCAGAGAUAAGGACGGGAAUACAGCCCUUAUUCUAGCUGCUGCUAUAGGAGACAUUAGCACGGUUCUUUCUUUGGUUCCAUAUCAAGAAAAGGUCACCAAUACGAUGGGAGAAACUGCUCUUAUGAAAGCAGCAGAAAACGGCCAUUUGGAAGUUGUUUGUGCUCUGUUGGAUAAGCAAGUGGGGAAGGCCACAUACUCAGGAAAAACAGCUCUUAUGUCGGCUGCCCUCAAUGGUCACCUCGAUGUAUGCAAGCUUCUAAUUCCUCACGAAGCUGGGAUGUCUCGAAAAGACGGAUGGACUGCGUUGAUGAGCGCUGCGCGUAAUAACCACUUGGAGAUUGUAAAGCUUCUGAUUGAUCAUGAAGCCAGACGGCAGACCAAGGAUGGCACAACAGCCCUUAUCAAGGCUAUAGAGCAUGGAAACCUGGAUGCCGUGAAAAUCCUGGCUCCAAUAGAAAUGGAUCUCACGUUGAAGGGGGGUGCCACGGCGUUGAUGAAAUGCAAGCGAGCGACGUAUCCAGAAAUAUAUGACUACUUGAGAUCUCUUCAGGAUUGA